CAUCCAUUAUCAUUUUCACCAAUUUGAGCAAUUGAAGAACAAAAAGAAUUUAAAGAAGAAAAAAUGAAGCUAGUUUGGUCCCCGGAAACCGCCUCAAAAGCCUACAUUGAUACCGUAAAAUCGUGUGAGCUUUUACAUGGAUCGAGUGUAGCGGAGCUUAUUUCAGCGAUGGCGGCCGGAUGGAACGCGGAAGUAAUAGUCGAGACGUGGGCCCGGGGCGGUGCUAUCCUAGUCAGCAUCGGGCUAGCGGUAGCCGCCCACCACACGAAAGGAAGACACAUCUGCAUAGUACCCGAUGAAGAAUCGAGGGCGGAGUAUGUGGAAGCCAUGAGCCAAUCGGGGCAGUCGGAUUACGAGAUGCUAGUGGGUGAGCCGGAAGAAGUUAUCGAAGGAUUACAAGGGAUUGAUUUUCUGGUUGUGGAUUGUGGUGGGGAUAAUGAUUUUGCGAGAAUUAUAAGGGCAGCUGACUUGGGCCGUAGAGGGGCGGUUUUGGUGUGCAAGAACGCCGCUGCCGCCUCGAGGGCGGCCUAUGGUGGUGGUUUCAGGUGGCGGAGCGUGCUUGAAGGGAAGUCGAGGAUUGUGCGGUCGGUGUUUCUUCCGGUGGGGGAUGGUUUGGAUGUUGCUCAUGUUGGAGCGGUAGGUGGGAACUCCGGCGAAGCGAAGAGGGAGAGCAGGUGGAUCAAACGGAUUGAUCGGCACUCCGGUGAAGAAUUCGUCAUCGAAAAUGAACUAUCUUGUUUGUAGAUAUGGUUUUGGAUUUGACUUUUAGAUGUAUUAUAAAUUUUGCUUUUUUCUUCAUUUUUUCAUUGUAUAGAGAUCACUUUUUUUUGGUGUGUGUGUGUGUCGUGCGUGUUUAUAUGUGUAUUGUUCGAAGCUU